AUGGAGUUCAUCAACGUCACCUACAAUGCUGCGGCAAACUUCCUGCCGUAUGCCACCGCCGCACCCCUCGCGCAGCAGCUCCGCGGCAUGCCCGCCAUGAACGGCAUGAUGGUCAAGUCGGAUCCGUGGACUCUUUUCGACAAAAUGUAUACAGGGAUCACGGGGGUCGGGGGGGAGAACUUUCGUUUCGUCCAAGGUCGCACGCCAAUGUCGACGUUCAAGGAGACAGCCAUGUUCAUCGUCACCUACUACGCAGUCAUCUUCGGCGGUCGCGAGUUGAUGCGCAACCGUCCGGCGAUGAAGCUGAACAACCUGUUCAUGAUCCACAACUUCUGUCUGACCAUGAUCUCGGGAGCGCUGCUGGUCCUGUUCACUCAGCAGUUGGCGCCGGGUUUGUGGGAGAAUGGGUUGUACGACGGGAUUUGUGGUGCAACGGGCUGGUCGGACAAGCUGGUGGUUCUCUACUAUCUGAACUACCUGACCAAAUACGUCGAGCUGCUCGACACGGUGUUCCUAGUGGUCAGAAAGAAGCCAUUGACCUUCCUGCACACGUACCACCACGGCGCGACGGCCUUGCUCUGCUACACCCAGCUAGUCGGUCAGACUUCGGUCUCGUGGGUCCCCAUCACGCUGAACUUGGGCGUGCAUGUGGUCAUGUACUGGUAUUAUUUCCAAGCCGCGCGUGGAGUCAAGGUGUGGUGGAAGCAGUACAUCACCAUGUUCCAGAUCACCCAAUUCGUCCUCGAUCUAGGGUUCAUCUAUUUCGCCUGCUACAACUACUACGCCAGUACCUAUGCGCCAUGGAUGCCACAUGUCGGCACGUGUGGCGAUCCUCGCCAGGAAGUUGCGGCGGCCAUGGGCUGUGCCAUCAUCUCAUCCUAUCUGGUCCUCUUCAUCAUGUUCUACCUCGCGACCUACAAGAACCCACCGGCCAAGAAAGCCAUGCGACGAGCGGUCAAGCAGGACCUUCCCGCCAUCCCGGAGACCACCGCAUUGGCAUCGGAUCUGUUGAAGUCGGCCACCGCGGCCGUGAUCGAGAGUGUCCAAGAGGGCAAAUGCACCUAG